AUGGAACCAUAAAUCAAAGAAUUUGUAAGUUCAUUACUAAAUACUUAAAUUACUGAAACUUUGACUCUCUCUGAUAAGCAGAAACAAUUAAACCAUUAAACUGGACUAAUGUAUAUAUUAUUCUUCAAUUUACUUUAGAUGUUUUCUUUAAGGCUAUUGUUUAGAAAUCGGAUUUCAAGUUCAACCAAAUAUCAAUUAAGCUAUUACUCAUUAUUUGCACGGUGUCAAGUACUUUGCAGAUCCAUUAUGUGCCCAUUAAUUGGAGCAAUAUUAUACUAAAAAUAAGAAUAAAGUUUUGGCUACCUUGUAAGUAANAGAGUAAAUAAAAGCAAAAAAAAAAACCUACCCAUAAAGAAAGCAAUUCAACAAAAUUUUAGAAUAGGAUUAUUUUGAGUAACCUCAAGCUUCGAAUUAAAUGACUAUAGUUUAAGAAUCAGAAUACCAGAAAGUUAUGUUUUUGAUAGGAGAGAGAGUGUUUUUUUCAUAAAAUAGAAGUCAAAAUUUCAAUAAAAAAAUAGAUCAGAUUCUAAAAUUAAGAUUAUCAUUUACAUUAACAGUAAAAAUAAAUUUAAGUAGUCAAUAUGUAAGCGAUGAUGAAAAUGAAGGUAAAAAAUCCUAACGAUGA